AUGACAGAAUCAUUGUUUGAUACAAACUUCACAUCUGAAAAUGAAAGUAAACCUGUAGUUCCUACUACAGAAGCGGCAGCUCCUGCUUCUGCUCCAGCUCCUGCUCCUGCUUCUGCUUCUGGAUCAGAUUCUACUUUCGUUUCAGCUCCAUCAACUCAGCAAGGCACCACCGCCGCGGAGGUGCCAUCAUCAUCUGCAGACCAAGAAUCCAAAAAGGAGAGUGGUAACACUACCAGCACCGCCGCAAGUACUGAUGCCAACACAACCAGCACCAGUACUACCACUUCAGGAGACUCUCACCAAGACGCUGACUAUGACAACUCCGCUGCAUUGCCUUCCUUAGACGACAAGUCCAAUGCCGAUGCAUUGAUCAACUAUCGUGUCUUGGUGUCAGCUAAAGAAGCUGGCUGUCUCAUUGGACAAAAUGGUGGUGUCAUUGACUCGAUUCGUAAUGAAACAAACACCAAAGCUGGUAUCUCACGUUUGACCCCAGGUACUCAUGAACGUAUCUUGACCGUGUCGGGUAAAUUAGACGACAGUGCUAAAGCACUUUCAUAUUUUGCUCAAGCACUUUGCGAUUCGGCGAUUGAACUUUACAACUACUUCCCAUUGAAACAAUUGAGCUCUACACCAUGUGUCGAAGGUGAGACUACUAUCAUCAGAUUGUUGAUUCCAAAUAGUCAAAUGGGUACCUUGAUUGGCUCAAAAGGUGCACGUAUCCAACAAAUUCAACAAAGUUUUGGUGUCUCUAUGAUUGCAUCAAAACUGUUCUUGCCUGGCUCAAAUGAAAGGUUGGUUGAGUUACAAGGUACUGUUGAUGACUUGUAUGACUCCUUGCGUGUUAUUUCGCGUUGUCUUAUUGAAGAUUUUUCGUCAAGUGUUGGCACAACCACUUACUACGUGCCACGCUCCCAUCAAAUGACUAGAAAGAGCACUGCGACUAUCAACUUCCCUAACGAUAUGGUUGGAGCCUUGAUUGGUAAGAACGGUUCAAGAAUCCAAGGUGUUAGGAAAGUUAGUGGUGCCAUGAUUGGUAUCAGCGAAGCUGAAGACGGUUCAGAUGAAAGAGUAUUCACCAUCACCGGAACACAACAGGCUGUUGAAAAAGCCAAAGGUUUAUUAUACCACAACUUGGAAAGAGAAGAACAAAGAAGAGCCGAGGCUACUUCAGCUGGUGAGAACGCCACUGAAGAGUCAUAA